GCCCUCCAGUCUCCGGCCUUCCUCUUCUUCGCAUCGCAUGAAAAGACAGAAAUAGCCCCAAACGGCAGUCUCCCAACAAUCCGCUCCGAUUCGAAUCCAUGGCUGGCGGCGCCGCCGCCGCCUCGCCGGCGAUGGAGGACGGCCGGGACGAAUGGCGUCGCAUCUACGGCCGGUUGCUGGCGAUGCUUCGCAAGAGAGACAAGGACGUCGGCUCGCUGCUCGCCGACCGCUCGCGCCUGGAGGCGCUCAUCAAGAUCCAGCACGAGUUCUUGGUCGCCCGCGAAGCCAUCCUCCAGGGCCGCCUCAAGGAGACACGGAGUACGGAGGGUUGCUUGAGGAGGUGCGACGAGUUGCAUCUCGGGAACAAGGAGCGCGAUCUGCGGUGCUACCAGAUCUACACUGAACUCCAAGAUGAGGACUUGGAGGAUUUCAUAACUUGUGCAGCUGAUUUGGCCAAAGAAAACUUGAAAUUGAAGAUAAAACUGAGGGAAAUUGAAAGUCCUCCUGAGCUUAUUGAGAACACUAUGACAGAUCAUGAGCACAGUGGAAGAGAUCUAAGAGCAGAGAUAAGGGAGCUGAAGAAAGCCUACAGGACCUUGAGCUCAAAGAAGGACAAAGAAAUUAAGGCAUUAGAUGCAGAAAAGAAUUUUGUUUGGAAUCAGUUCAAGACAAUGGAGAAGGACUAUGUCUCACUCCUUAAGAAGAAGAAGAUGGAGGAAGCACGAGCAACUGAAGGAGCACAAAAGCUUCAGCAGACCGUGGAGGAGCUGCAAAUGGCGGUCCAAAAGAAGGAGGAUGAGAUUGACAGAUUGCAAGCAGAAGCCAAAACAAAGAUAUUGACUCUUGAGGAUAAGCUACAAAACAUGUGCUCCCUCGUCAAUGAGAAAGAUGGCGAGAUCCAAAUACUCAAAGGUGGGCACCUUCAGGCCAGUCAAAAGCGCAAGCAGAAUGUCAAUGGGACACAUAGAAAAUCUAGGUCUGAAGGUCAUGCCUUAAAGGGAAAAUCCAAAAGUAAUGCUAACAGGCAAUUGGUAGAAGAAGAUCAACCUGAGACAAGUCAGAAGCGUCAGUGUGCCUCUUCAUUAGCAAAUGGUCUCACUCUCCGACGCUGCUCCUCGAGGUUGCGCUUGAGAUCCUCAGCGUCGCCUGCACCUCAGCAGGUACUCUUCCCCUCCAGUUUCAAGGUCCCAAAGCUGAAGACCCCAACUCCUCCACAUCCUCUGUAGUCUGAUUUGAUUGUAUCCUGACAUGUGCAGCUGCUAGACACCAGCGAUGACGACGGUAUUUAGGUGAAGUUUAACAAUAGGUUAAACUUACAUUUUGCUGUGUGCUCCACUCCCAUUUGAAGGGGCGAUCGUGUUUGUAACUUAUUUUCGCCCUUAAUUUUGGAAGUCUUUGUAAUGUAUUUGCUGGAGCUAUGCGAGCGGUUGAGCUCGCUGGCCAUGUGUGUAUAUUAACCAUGUAAUGCCCCUGUGCUGGAAUCUGCGAGGGGCAUCUGAUUUGUUUGAUUUGCGACACAGCCUGUAUUGAGUUGCACGUUUCUAACAAAUGUGUAUGAAUAUUCAGUGGUGGAAGUAUGAGAAAACAUGACUGUUGCGUGCAUUUUAUUGUUAA